AUUUGAACCUGGGUGUGUCAGAGUGAACAAGAAGGAUGAGAUGACUCCAACAGAGCUUCAUUAAACUGAUACGAGCUGCAAGACUUGUUGACUUGAAGAAGGGAGUCUAUCAACACAAUGGCAUCCAAAGGCAACCCAGUAUCUGAGGCCAUCACCAAAUUCUGCCUGUCUUUGCUUAAAAAGCUGAGCAAGGACGACAGCUCCGCAAAUCUCUUCCUGUCUCCUUUCAGCAUCUCCACAGCCCUGUCUAUGGUGAUGCUGGGGGCGGCUGGUGACACAGCCGCACAGAUGUCAGAGGUCCUCUGCUUCACUGAGGGAUCAGAUCAGGCAGGAGGACAACAGACACGAUUGUUGCCGAUGCAGCAGUUGCAUGAACAGAGGAAGGCGAGGAUGCAGACACGGUCACAGAUGCAGACACAGCAAUGCAGCAGACUGCCACCGUAUCUGCUCAAGAUCCUGAAAGACAAAAAUGAUGAUGCAGACAAGACUGAUGAUGAUGCCAAUAAGACUGAUGAUGUCAACGGCAGUGACUCCCAGUCCCAGAGUGAGCUCAACAAGCCUGUUGAUGUCCACGCCGACUUCGGCAAACUGCUGAGUGAACUCAACAAGAACGAUGCUCCAUAUGCCCUCAGUCUUGCCAACAGGCUGUAUGGGGAGAAGACUUGCCAGUUUAUUGAGGAGUUUUUAGCACAAAUCAAAAAUGAAUACAAAGCUGAGCUCGAGUCAGUGGAUUUCAAAACCAGCGCAGAGGAGGUCAGAGUCAACAUCAAUGAGUGGGUGGAGAAGCAGACACAAGGUAAAAUCAAGGACUUGUUGGUGAAGGACGCGGUGGACAGUCUGACCAGGCUGGUACUGGUUAAUGCAAUCUACUUUAAAGGCAACUGGAACCAGAAGUUCAAUGAGAAGGAUACCACUGAUGCAGACUUUAGAAUAAACAAGAAUGAUACUAAGAAGGUGAAGAUGAUGCAGCUGAAGAGUAAAUUUCCUGUCGCUGUCAUUCCAGAGCUCAACUGUCAGGUGCUUGAGAUGCCCUACAAAGGAAAGGAGCUCAGCAUGCUCAUCUUCCUGCCUAAAGAGAUAGAGGAUGAUUCAACAGGCUUGGAGAAGCUGGAGAGUGAGCUGACCUAUGAGAACUUUGUGAAGUGGACUAGUCUCGACAUAAACGAUGAAAUUAAGAUCUCGGUGGGUCUGCCUCGAUUCAAGUUGGAGGAGAAGUACGACAUGAAGGAUGUCCUGAUCAGCAUGGGCAUGGUGGACGCCUUUGACGUGGGAAAGAGUGACUUCUCUGGAAUGUCUUCAGCAAAUGACCUGGUACUGUCCAAAGUCGUCCACAAAGCCUUUGUAGAUGUGAACGAGGAAGGAACUGAGGCUGCAGCUGCCACUGGAGCUGUCGUAUCGAACCGCUCUCUUCCUGUACCGUUCAAAGCAGACCACCCCUUCCUCUUCUUCAUCCGACACAACCCCAGCAGAACUAUUCUCUUUGCCGGUAAAUUCUGCUCCCCUGUGUAAGCACUGCAGCAUGGUUUUUGAGACAGCCUGCUCCCUUAAAACGUCUGUGUCCAGCUUAUAUAUUCUAUUUAUAUUUUGUUACCGCCCGGCAAAACUGCGUUUUCUGGAAGGUAUUGUUUUGAGCUGCAUGGUCUUGGUUGGUUGGUUGGUUGCUUGUUUGUCUGUAACAAUUUGGUUUCCACGCGAUAACUCGAUCAAAUAUUGAUGUAGCCUCACCAUAUUUGGUACACAGGUGUACCAUAAUAAGACACAGGUCAAGUUCGAAUUUGGUGACCUUGACCUCAUCUUCAAGGUCACAGGGGCCAUCUUUGCCGCCGGGCGGUCCAAGUUUGGUAAAACUUCUUGUUGUAUCUCUGUCUGUAUCAGUUCAUGUUAUCUGGACUGACUACAGUGCAGGUGUAUUUUAUAGUGAUGGAUGGCAUACAGUGACAACUCCUGUGCCUUUUGGUCAUGACAGUCAUUGUUUUUAAAACACAGUUGUUUUACAGUUUUUGACCAAUUGUCAAAAUUCCACGUCACACACUUGUGCCUGUCUUGUGUUGUUUUCGUACCUGCAUUGAAGAAUCUCAAGAAGAUUUUGUCAGCCAGUGAACCCAGACUAUUGCUAUGUCCAUAAAAAUGCAAUAAAUGAGUGUUG